AUGCCCGCCGUCCGCUUCAGCGCUUCACCGCCACCGCGGCGGCCUCGGUCAUCUCCAGGCACCAGCAGUCUAGAGGCAGCACCAGCCCAGCCGGUCCGCUCAGCUCUUGCUCACCCUGAACCGUCGCUCGAGGCCACCUUCGGCCUCAUCUUCCAAUCUCACGAGAGGCGCUACGACAGACAAGACGCUCUUCCGCCGGGAAGCUUGGGGGAACCGAGCCCACGCCAUUCAGCAACUGAGAUAUCGGCGCUCAAGAGGCGCAGUCACCCUCCGAGACCACCAAGACCAACAUCCGCAGCGCUUCAAGGCGCCCAAGCUUACCUCGACGCCACAGUCAGGCCUUCAACCAUGCGUUUGAAGGACGUAGAGGCCUGGGUCGAAGACUCUCUGCACGCUCAGGCUCAGGCCAUGUACAGCCUCUCAGCCCACACACCGCUCGACGUCCCGGCGAAGAACUCCCAUCGUUGUUCAGCUCCCGAGUCCCCAGGCGACUGGCCGGCAUUUGAGCAGAUGGCCACCUCUUCCGAAGCCCGGAUGAAUCGCGGAGGCGAGCCAGCGCAGCGCAUGAAGAGUUCGUCGUUCUCAUCGGCCUUGGGAAAGAAGCUUGUGAGAUCACCCUCCGACCUCAUGACCUGGCUCAGGUCUCCGUCAGUGCAGGGAUCUGCAUCUCGAUCCCGGUCCAUCUCACAAGCUACUGAGCCCCACGAAGAGGAGCAGGCAGCUCUAGCCGACCGCCGCUGGUCAUCAUCUAGCCGUAACCGUAUGCUCCGUCUUUCUGAUGGCUCGCAGCGCGCUCUUCCUACUCCGAACACUCCCCCAAGCUACCGCUCGGUCUUCACCGGCCUUCAUCGUCGUUUCUACAGCAAUGAUGCCGAUUCCGAUUCCGAUUCGUCGUGGACUUCCUUCGGUUGCGUUGACGGCAUGCGGCGGCCCGCUAUUGAACAGGAUCCCAAUAAGGGACAGUUCGACGGAGGUAUGGAUAACGUGGUGAAGGGAGCCAGUGUCGUUCUUGAGGGACCCGUAGCGGAGGAUGUCGACCCGGAAGAAGCUGGCGACGACGUCAACCUUCUCAACCCAUCCAUCUCGUCCAAAGGAAGCAGUUUGGCCGGGAACAAGCCAAAAAGGCACACUCUAAAGAGGAUUGUCAGCCGUUUUGAAGUACCCGUGAGGCAGACCAGACCGUAUAUGGAGAGCGACACGGCUUGCAUGAUGCCGUACUGA